CCAGCGCAGUGCGCAUGCUCGGAGCGCGGCGCCCCCGACUCCUCGCUCGGCUGGGCUCGGGCAUUUCCGCCUCUUUGUUUUAAACUCCGGACGGAUUUUUUUUUCCUCCUUUUCGGGGGGACCGGGAGGGAGCUGCGCCCCCUCCCCCCUUCCCCCUCCCCGCGCGGCCCCCGCGCGCGGCCCCGCCGAUCGGCGACUCGCAGCUUGUUAAGCUGCAGAAGAUAUCACAAAGCUGAGCAAAGUGGUACACUGCCAUCAAUAUACAAACAAAAUGAAGAUUAGUUUUUAAAGUUUCCAAAAUGUAGCAUGAGAUUCCAGGCUGUCUGCUAGAAAAUGGAAAAUAAACAAGGGACAGAUGAAAGGAGCAAGGGUGAAGAGCCAGAAUACAGACUACCUGGAAUAACAGAGUAAAGCCAGUAGCCUAAAAACCCAAUGAGAAGACAAACUGAAGACAAAGAAAACAUCUAGAAGAGCACAGUCAAUAAUUCUAUCAAGGAAAGUGGAGGGAGUUCCAGGAGUGUCCAUAAGAGUAAAGACAUCAGAAUGUCACAGACACCAAAGAUGUUGACCAGAAAGAUUAAGCUUUGGGACAUAAAUGCCCAUAUCACAUGCCGCCUGUGCAAUGGAUACCUAAUUGAUGCUACCACUGUAACGGAGUGUUUGCAUACCUUCUGUAGAAGUUGCCUGGUAAAGUAUUUGGAAGAAAAUAACACUUGCCCUACGUGUAGAAUUGUUAUUCAUCAGAGUCAUCCACUGCAAUACAUUGGUCAUGACAGGACAAUGCAAGAUAUUGUUUACAAAUUGGUACCAGGCCUCCAAGAAGCGGAAAUGAGGAAACAGAGGGAAUUCUAUCACAAAUUAGGCAUGGAAGUGCCUGGAGACAUCAAAGGGGAGACUUGCUCUGCAAAGCAGCACUUAGACUCACAUCGGAAUGGUGAAACAAAAGCCGAUGACAGUUCCAACAAAGAAACAUCAGAAGAAAAACAAGAAGAGGAUAAUGACUAUCACAGAAGUGAUGAACAGGGUGCUCCUGCCUUGGCCUUGCUGCUGAAUUUGGGAUUGGCCACCAUGAACUCUGAGGAUGCUGAAACCCAAAGAGGUCCUGCUAUCACAGUGCUGACAGGCCACAAGGACCAGAGUGGAAUCAAGCACCAGGGACGGGCACAAGCUAAGGCCAACACCAAGAGUCAAAAGCACGCUCAUCCGGUGAUGGAGCAGAAGCUGGGAGCCCAGGCAUGGGCAGGCUCCCAGACUGUGUAGGGAACGGGGCCAGCAACUCGCCAUGGCUGGAGCUCCUGUCCGCCACCUCCUCACGGACUCGCUACUCGUGGGCCUCUCAGGCAGAAAGCCGGGCAUGGGCUGGCCUGCCGGACAACCGCCGGUCCAAGGCCACCGACCCAUGAGUUAACGGACCCCCCCUAGGCCAAGUCCUAUUUUCUCCAUCCCCUCCACAGUGCACAGGCCGAGGGGCCUUCCAGGAAGCCCCGCUCUGGGGGCAAGCAGAAGACACAAGCCUCCUCCCCUGGGCCACAGCCAGGAUCCGUGAGACAGGGCGUGAGGGCCUGGACCGCCGGACACUGGGGGUGGGCUUCCUCUCACACCCAAACCCCAUUAAUGCUUAGAGGCCCAAUUCUGUCCCAUCCAACAGACUUAUUAGACGCCCGCUGUGCCCAAGGCACUACGCUAGCUCCUGGGGAUAGGGAGGAGUCUCGCCCCAGGUCCCCGGUACCUUUACUGGGAGGAGAGCCUGGGGCUCUGCCGGCUCCUCUGGGCAGCAUCCCGACCAGGUUAGACGGAGAUGCAGUAAACGGUCCUCCCACGGUACCCUUCCAGGCCGCCUCUUCACACACACACAUUCCCCUACAGCCCAUUCUCUAGAGCUUCCCCAGUUCUGUCAUGCCUUCGGGGGAAGCACGUAUGCUGUGUGGCCUCCGAUCCCUGUCUGCCAUCAUAACUCUCUACCUAGUGGGGCAAGAAGGAGCAUCUUCCCCCAACCCCGACGCCUUCCCUACAAAGCGGCCUAGAGAAGGGCCUCCCGGAGCUCCCGAGACCCCAGGAAUGUCCUCCCCACUGUUUCAGACAGCAGGAGAACAGGAUGGAGGGCCCGAAGAGCUUAGAGAAAAAGGUGGCACAUCCAGGGCCAGCUGAGACAGAGCAGCCUCUGAGCCAUUCUCCCCGCCUCCCGGUCCAUCCUAGACGUCCCAGGUCUGUCUCCUCUUGGAGGCUUGGCCCACUGGGGCUUUGGGUUCGUGCACCUAGAUCCUUCAUGCAGACCCACUCCUGUCCCCUUUUCUGGUGGGGCUGCCUCUUCCCCCCAGAUAGCUCCCAUUCCAGCCCCUCCUACCCCAGAGGCCCCGGGCUGCUAGGGAAGAAGAGAUGGUUGCCCUCAGAAUAGUAACCAUGCUCAAAUAUUCUGCAUCCAUGGUGGGUGUUGUGUGGGAGACGGGAUUCUCCCUCUAAGAGUGGGCCUUGGAAAAAUUGCCUGCCUUGGCCCAAGGCCACCGAUCCAUUGAGCUGGUGCCCAUUCCCUCCGUCCCACCCAGGAGGAGGCUUGCCACCUCUUCUGACGCACCAGCUGUGCAUUGCCGGCUAGGAAAUCACUCCAGGCCCCAAGACACCGAGCAAAUAACGGUGGGUUCAAGUAUCCCUCCUAAUAGUGGCCGAGUGACCAUUGGUAAGUCACUUUACAUCUGUAAGCUGGGAAGGCCACUCCUCGCCUCUUGGGAAAGUGCUUUGUAAGCCAUAAAGCAAGGCAGAUGCUCACAGCGUGGCAGGAGUCAGAAGUGGGGGCAGCCUGGCCUUUCUGGGCCCCCGGGAUGGGAAAGGCAGAGUCUGUAGGUUCCAGAGAUGAGCAAACAAGUGCCUGUCACUCCCUGCGUGACCUUAGGCCGAUGCACUCUCUCAGGCCUCCGUCGUGUCCUUUAUAGGAUGAGAGAGUUGGAUUUAGUGACCUCCGAGGGCCCUUCCGCCUCUAGAGCUUGGAUCCUACAGAAUAAAUGCUGUGGCUCACCUUGUCCUUUGUCUGUAACGGGGUGGACCCUCCCCAGAACCCUAAUUCCUCGGGUAGAUGGCUGAGCACUCGCAGGGAACCACGGUUGGGCUAAAGGUACCCGUGAGUCUGACGAGGGUGUCCUCCUUAGACCAGUGGCGGGAGGAGAAAGCAGCAGCGGAGACAGGCUGCACCCCCAUAACGUGCCCCGACGUGGGCCCGGUGCACACACACAGGGGCUCACCCAUCACGGAUGCACAAACACAGGAGUCCAGGCUCCCACCCCCGUGAUCCAUUUGGAUGGGGGCCCAGGGAGCACACAGAUGAGGAAGGGCACCCCCCCGCCCCGGGAUGUUUGGCAGUGACGCACGGGUACCAAAGGGCGGUGUCUACGCGCCAGGGAGAGUCAGACUGCCAAAGGGUCCAUAAAAAAAGCCAAGAACCCUCCAUCUGGUCCAACUCAGUCUUUUACAGAUGAAAAGUAGCCACGGCCAGAGAAACAAAAUUAAUGACCGAGGGUCCCCCAGCCGGCUAGGGACAGAGCUGGGGUGAGACUCUUGUCCUAACUUCCCAGAGGAGAUCGGGUGACAGUGUAUGGACUCUACUGUACAGAGAAGGUGUGAUGAUGCUUAUUAGGGAGCGCCCCUCAAUUUGGCAGCCCCAGAAACUUGCUGCCUUCCCUGGGCCUAGCCUCAGUUCCUCUUUUGUGGAAUAGGGUUAAUCCCCGACCUUCCUGCCUGGCAGCAUUGGAGGCAGCCCUUGCUGUCUAAGCGAUGUUUGCCGUUGUGCCAGGAACACCCUUCGGCAAACAUUUGCAGGAUGCUUUUGGAACUGGGCUAAUCCGUAGUUUAAGCACAUCUGAGCUGGACAGAUGCCAGGCUUUAUCUACCUGGGGAGAUUUUUUUCUUCAAAAAAUAAACAUUUUAUCCUCUGUUUCUAAUUAAUGAGACAUGGAUUCCCAAUCCCCGGCCUCCCUCGGAGGCAGCCGAUGAGGAAAUCUUGGCUGAGCCCUGCCCCACAUUUACCCCAGGUCCACGCUUCAUAGCAUUACUCUUUUCUAAAGAUCAUGCAUUUCUUUUCUGUCUCCUCGUGGUUCCCUGUAACCAAAGGUCUGCCCACGAGGCUCUCCUGUAGAGGGGAAAAUGGGGAAGAAACCUAGACCUUUCCUCCAGGGAGCUCGCGGUCCAGAGAGACACUUAAGUCACAAGACAGGAAAAAUCCGAGGUGAUGGUCUGCAAGAAGGGUGCAGACGUCACGCUGGAAAACAUUUUUGUUAUGAUCUCCCUCCAUAUACUCAAGUGCCCCUUUAGUUACUGACCGCCCCCAUCAGAGCUUCAUUCCUUUGGGUUAAGCAUUACUCUCUCCCCCCUCUGUGGAAAAUCGACGUCUGAGCCCCCUGUGACUCGGGGAAUGAGUUUAGCCAAUUUCCUUUAAGACAAGAAGGGACUGGGAGCCUGGGGAGGGCUGGCGAAUCAAGAGAGAGAGAGGGGAAACAUCCCAGAAAAGAGGCUGAGAGAGAGAAGGGUGGGGAGGGCUAAAACAAACUCAUGGGGCCAAGUGCGAUGGGAACAUCCCCAGAUGCUUGCAGAACGUAAGGUUAGCUCGUUCCCUAUCGGAGGAAUCACACCUGGUGGAGUUGAAUACAAAUAGUCCUAAUCUUUUCCAGCUGAAAAAUCUGAAUUUGAGACCUAGCCAAGGCACCCCGGGAGCCCUUCGAAGGCUUUCUCCUGCCUACCUCAUUGACAUUCCAACUAUGCAUCUAACUCUGCGUCCUGCAAAAUGUCAGCAUUAACCCGGGGUCACAGCGGACUCAGUGUAAACAGGUCUGAGCGGUAGCUUGGACACCUUCAGAAGGUCGAGUUAAUGUCACGUCCAUGACUGUGAAUGUCUGUGAAUAUUUUAGCUUUUGAUAUAUUUUUUUUUUUACAUUAUGAUCUUUUAAGGUUACUUCCAAGUGCAGAAAAUCAUCUGACGGAGAUCUGGGGUGUUUAGGGGGCUACAAACUCCACAGUUGAUGGGGCAGCCGAGGAAAGGAAUGAAUGAGUGAAUGGAUGAAUGAAUGAAUAAAUGAAUGAAUCAGUCAAAAAUUAAGCACUUGCUAUGUUCUAGGUGCUGUGCUAAGUGUUGAGGAUAUAAAUAUAUAAAAUCCAGAGAGUCCCUGCCCUCAGGGAGCUUAUAUUUUAAUAAAGGAAGACAAUACAAUAGAGUAAGGUGCCAUGGCAGAAGUAUUUUAGUCUGGGAAGUUAUAGGGAUGGGACCCUGUGCAGAUACAAUGAUAGUAUUCCUCCCAUGUCAGAAUGGAUAGAAUAGAUCUAGACUUGUGAUUUUAUUGGCAUUGGAAACUCCCUCUGCCUAAUGCAGAUCAGCCCCUUCUCUGCAACCAAGAGGCUCAGAGAGUUGUCCGAGGGCACGGAAGGGUUAUUUCAGCAGCCGACGUGGAUGAUGGGAAAGGCUCAAACUCAGGUUCUUGGCUCUAUUUGGCCAGCUUUCUCCACAAUCCCAUGCUGCCAUGUGCAUAUGUAAGUAUAUAGAGAAUAAAUACAAACUCAAUACAGGAUUCAAAAGGGAGGGAGGGUGCUAUCAAUGGGAGGAUCUGGAGAGAUUUCACGUAGAGGGUCAUACUUGGAGAUUCAAUGAAUGGAGUUGGGGGUGAGAAGGGAAUGCAUUCCAGACACUGGGGGACUUUGUGAAUAGUAAUAAGGUUGGUUUGGCAAGACCCAGAAGUAAAAAAUAGAGAGUUUAGAUUGUGUAAUACAAUGUCAAUGCCCACUGAAGGCUCUUCAGACUUUGAGAUUUAAGAAUUUCAUGACUCCAAAGAUGUGCAUGUCCUUUGGCCCACGUCCUGGGUGACAUUCCUCCAGAUCUCCCUUUGGUUUGUCAACAUGGAAUCUAGAACUGACAGGCUAGUCCUAAAUCUUGGGGUUCAUCAGAUCUUACUAGGCUACAAGUUUGGGGGUUCUAGAUUCCAGGUUGACAGGUUCAUCAUUUUGAUCAAACCCUCAUCCAUAUUUGAUGCUUGAAUAUUAUCUAAUAUGACCAGAAAGGUAGCAGGAUUCUCCCUCUCGACUCCCAGCAUGGCAGGCGGGCUUGGACUGAGAUUCCCAGGCAGAGCCAGAUUUCACCGGGCUGAUGCUGCCCAGGCCCAUUACCCUCAUUCCUUGGGCACUGGGGAGGUAGCACAGGAGGGCACCUGUGCAUCUCUGACUGCGCCAGUGCCUGUGGGAGAGAAGGAAAGAGGGAGGGUGGACAGGAAUCCACCCGAGCUGAGUCACAGGGAAUUCUCAGCAAUGUGCUCAUUGUAUUUCUCAGCUCCUGGGAAAGCAAUUCUGGGGCAGGUUUGUCUCCUAGUGAUGGAUCAGCAGAAGCAGAGUAUGCAUCAUCAGAUCUUUCAAUUCCUGUUAGAAUUCUUAGAGAUUUGGCUAUUUUAAUCAUUAAAACCCAGCCUUUUCACUACCCUUUCUAUUGAAAUGUGCUUAGUACAUGAAUUGAGGUGGAAACUACAGCGAUUCCCAUAAUGGCCAAAGAGCCAUAAGUCAUCGGUGUGGUCCCUCUAGUUGUCUGUCCCCCACUGGAUGAUGGAUGUCAGUAAGGUUUGAUCAUUUCAAGGUCACUUUCUAAUUCCAGGCAUCUCAUUUCCUCAGCUAGAGAAGGGGAUUUUUCUUAUGGCUAAAGAAGAGUAGAUAGAGAUAAAGUAGGUGGAGAGUCAACUUUUCAGUCAACUUUGUCUCUGACAUGUACUGGCUGUGUGACCCUGGGCAAGUCACAACCACUUAAUGCUUCAAUCAAAUUCAGUUCUAGAGCAAGAGAUGACCUUCAUUGUUCAGUCUUUCAGUCGUGCCUGACUCCACAUGACCCAAUGGACCAUAUUUGUCCGUGGGUUUUUGGUUGUUCUUGUUGGCUUGGUUUUUUUUGUGUGUGUGUGUGUGUGUGUGUUGUUUUUUUUUUUUUUAGCAAAGAUGCUGGAGCGGUUUGCUAUUUCCUCCUCCAGUAGAUUAAAGCAAACAGAGGUUAAGUGACUUGCUCAAGGUCACACAGCUAGUAAAUAUCCAGAAUCCAGAGUCCAGAAUUUGAAUUCAAGUUUUCCCCACUCUAGCCCCAGAGCUCUAUCCACUGAGCCACUACCCUUCCUUGUUAGAGGGAGUUUAUUUCAACAUUGAAUUCCCUAUACCAAUGAUCGCAUGGUUCUGGUCUAAAAAAGCCACCACCACCCCCCAUCCAGAUGAUUUGGCCUUACAGGCAAAUCCUCUUCCAUUCUAGGAACAAGAUCAAAUAGGAUUUGGGGGGAGGAGAGGGAAGUAUAACAGGGUACCAGAAAGUGUGUGUGACAACUGUGGGACUGAAUUGGGGGAUUCAGACACACUUUCUACCUCUUGGGCACUCAACUCCCUAGUUUGGACUAAUAAGUGACCUGUAGAAAGCCACUGUAUGAAUCUAAAACCAUGCUGGGUUUGAUUCAAUGUGCCAUUAAAAUGUUCAGAAGGGGGAAACAAAUGGCCUCUUUAAGAAAAGCUUCCAGGAAGAAGUAUUGGUAACUAGUCUCUUUCCCCCCUAAACAUGCCCUUCCUUCCAACUCCCACAUUUUUACUGUUGGUUUUACCCAUUUUCUCUGUUACCCAGGCUCAAAAAGAGGGGACCCUCUUAGAUUUUAAACUCUCAUCCAUCACCCUGCCCAAGAUCUUGAUCAAUUUCCAAAUCUCAUGGAGUCUCUUUCCAUGACCACUUUUCUCUCUCUCUCUCAUGUUCCUAGUUCCCUUUUGUGUAGCCUCCACAACUCUAGCUCAGGCUGCAUCUUCACAACCUCAUAUUACCAGUAAGGUAAGGACCAGCACCACUUACUAGUGUAAAGAAAAACCAAUAGGAUGUGAUGCUCUGAUUUAAAAGGGCCUUCACCACCACCAUUACCAGCCCCAGAAUUUCCCCUACUGUUCUGCCCUUCCUUCUCACAUAAUCAUGACUACAAGUGUCCUUGAGGACCCAAUCACCAGGUGAUUACUGGUCCAGACAUUCCACUUUUCUUCCCUGUCCAUCUGUCCCUUCUCCCAGGUUGCUUGUGUUAAGAAAGAGAAUAUAUCAGGACAAGAUGCUCUAGCCCCUGUCCUAACUCCUUCCUCUUUGAUCACAGGACUCAAUAGAAUGGGAUCCUUGGAUUAACUUCUGCUGUCCUAUAACUCCUACAUUCUUAUUUCAUACUUUUCUGAACCCUGUGACAAGGUAUCCUUCUCAAGUAAAAAAAUCUCUUCUAUAUUCCCCUUGGUGCCAUCUACUUCUGCUUUUUCUUUUUUCCAUGCCCUCUUGGAACUCCAUGUUCUAUAACAGAGCCCCCUUCAUCUAAAUCCCCUCCUCCUAUUUUCUUUCCUUUAUUAUUUAUUAUUUAAUUAUUUAUUAUUCCUAUAUUCUUCUGUUGUUCAGAGAAAACUGAUUAUAUCUAGAUCCUUCCCUCUCCAACACACACACACACAGCACUAGAACGAGGAGUCUUAAAAUCAUAGAUUUAGAGCUGGCAGGACCUUCAGAGGUCAAGUCCAAUGUAUCCAUUUUACAGAUGAAACUGAGGCCCAAAGGGAUUAGGUGGCCUGUCCAAGUGACUCUUGUAGUAGAGCCAGGAUUCUGGUCUUCUGGCCCCUAAUCCAAUGCUCUUUCCAUUACACCAUACUGGAAUCAGACUAUUCUUUACUACCCACUGCUGAUUCCAGAGUCUCCAUUGGUCACCAUCAUAUAGCAUAAAUUUAGACCUACUCAACUAGCAUUUAUUAAGCACCUACUAUGUGCCAGGUACUGUUGCCAACACUAGGAAGGGAACUCAUAGGCAUUCUUACCCCUUGUCCAACGUUACAAAGCAAUAAAAUGCUUGUAACCUCCCCUGUUCAAAACUUUUAGGGCCAAAUGUCUAAAUUCUUGUUUACUAUAAAUUUACUAUAAAUGACCAGCCUUCAAGUCACUCUCUAUCCUUUCUCAAGGAAAUUAAGGCCCAACACAAUUUUCCCCUCCACUUUCUGCUCAUACUUGGGGAUAUGCUUUGAUGUCCCAUCUAAUACCCUGGCCUCCCGACCUCCUCAGCUCCUCUGAUCUACCCCUGCAUCCCCCCACAGCCAUCUGUCAGAUUGGUCAUCCCUUAAAACUGACCAUCACUCAAAACACUCUUACCUCCAUGAUUUUGAACUCUGAAUUUCCCCUCUCUGAGCAUAAUGAGCCAUUUGUAAUCUCUCCUUUUUCACUCCCUCUAAAUCUUUGCAUCAAUCACCAACUUUGUCUUUCUUCUCUGUUCAGGUUUCUCCUUUUUAGUUGACUUCAGAAUUAACCAGUUCAACUUUGUACCAUCGUCUACACUCUGAAUUUCUUGUCCUCUGUCUUUUCUCCACUGAUAUCUUACCAGUCUUCAAUAAUGGGCCAUCCCUACCAUUCACCAUCUAUGGCCCCACAAACAUGCCGUUGAACUUUCCUGGAGAGAACUGCUCAAUUAUGCUGACUGAGUUGAUUACAAAUUCAGUUGGCCAAUCUCAACAGGGCCCUCCCUCAUGACUAGAAGACAAUCUUUUUGACUCUUCUUUGAUUGACUUUCUGUCCUCCCUAUGGUGGCAGAACCAAACUAUAUCCUCUCUUCUUAAACCCCCAAUUCCCCUCUAUUGUGGAGACAAUAUCCGAAGGCUCCACCCAAGAAGGUUAAGCUAGUUUUAUUUGUUUUUUGUUGUUGUUGUUGUUGUUGUUGUUUUUCCUUGAAAGCUAUGGAAACUUUCUUCAAGAUUUAGUUGAUUCAGGGACCUAAGACUCUGGCCUUUGCUGGAGAUUCUUGGUCUCCAACAACCAGGAUGAAGGGAACUGGAGCUCUUCCUUUGGACUUCAGCUUAUAGACUAGCAACAGCUUUGGGGAAGCAACUGUUGUCAGUGAAUAUGCUUCCCCUCUGACUGUUCCUUCUCUGCUUUUUCAUUCUCUGAAUGAUCUUUCCCUCCCUUUGUUAACCAUUUGAUGAACUUCGAGUGUCUCAUUUGAUUUGAAAUUCAAACCUGAGUCACCAGGUAGGCCUAAUCAAUUUUGGCUUAUCAGACCCCAUCUCAGCAGAUGACCUUGUCUCCUUUUAUUUUUGGAGCAAAUUAAGGCUUUUGCUUCUCCCCAAUUCCAUGCAUCCAAAUCCUUCUACAUCUUUACCGAGGUGUUCAUACUUUAUUUCCAGCUCUGAGGAAGAUGUGGAUGUUCAUGUUGCCAAGCCAACCCUUCUAUUUAUGCCCUCAAUCCUAUUCCCUACAGCAGUUUGUAUCAUCAAAUGUCAAUAUUUCAUCAUCUGAUGGUUCUUUCCAUCUUUAGGAAAAAAAAAAAAAGAUGCCACCAAUACUUGAGGUUGUCAUACCCCUGAGCUACCAUCCCAGAUCUCUCUCUCCCUUUCACUGCCAAACUCCUGGAAAAGAUUACCUAUAAUCUACUGCCAAGCUCGCCCAUUGACUCCAUAAACCAUUGCAAUCUGGUUGCUCACCCACCAGUCCACACAAACUCCUUUUGUUCUUGGACAUCUAAAAAUCUCUCUGGAUACUUUCUUCUUCCACACUUCCAUUUUUUUGUUCUUUUCUUUUGUUUUUUUUAAAUUUUCAUUGUUUUUUUCAUUGUUCUUUAUUUCAUCAUCUUCCAUCUCCUACCUCAAAAGCAUGGAUGUCUUCAAGUUCUGUCUUGGGCUUGUUUUUCUCUGAAUUCCCUCCAUUAGAGAUCUCAGCUCUUCAUAUAGGUUCAAUUAUCUAUACUUAAGUGGCUCCUCGUCUAUCUCUUUUAACCCAAAUUUCUUCUCUUAAACCCCAUUUUCACAUUGCCAACUAACUGCUGGAUAACUCCAGCUGGAUGUCCCAUUGAAAUCUCAAUUUUAGCAUCUCCAAUUUAGCAUCCAAACCUGCCCCUUCUACAGACUUCUCACCUCUCAUUUGAGCAAUAGUAAGAACCUCCUCAUUAGCCUCCCGUUGUCUAGGGAGACUUUCCUGUCUCCAAUCUGUCCUCUUGACAGCUGCCAAAAUAAUCUGCCAAAGGCAUGAGUCUGGCCAUGUCACUCCUCUGCUCACAAACCUUCAAUAUCUCCCGAUCACCUCUAAAAUAAGAUAUACAUUCUUUUCUCUGUUAAGCUGUAUAUGAUCUGGAUCUAGCCUACCUUUCCAAAUUUAUUUGAUAUUGUUCCCUUCCGUGUACCCUAUUUUCUAGCUAGACUGUAAUGCCAGAUGUUCCUUAUACCAGAGACUGUCUGCCAUGCCUGGAAUGUAUGCCUUCCUCCUCUUAGAAUCCUCAUCCUUCAAGGAUCAAGUCAGGGGCUACUUUGUGAAACUUUCUUUAAUCUCCACAGUUGUUAGCGAUUUCUCCCCAUCCUCAAAUUACUUUGUAUUUAUUUAUCUGUAUGUGUGUUGUAUCUCCCAGUAGAAUGUAAGCUCUUUGAGGGCAGGGAUGUUUUUAUUUUUUAUCUUUUUAUUCCCCUGGGGCCUAGCACAGUGCCUUGCUUAUUGUAGGUGCUUAAAUAAACAUUUGUCAAAUUGAA